AUGCAAAACAGGGAACCAUUUUUGCAAUCGGAAAGAUGUUCUGGUGGGAAAUCCUGUCGUCAGUUUGGACAAUAUCUCUGUCUUUGCGAAAAAGGAAAGACAGGAAGAAAUUGUGAAGCACAGGAAGAGUUAAAGAAUACUCUUGCUGUUGGAAUUGAGUUCAACAAUCUAGAAUAUGAGCCAGAGUAUGAAGACUUGGAGAAUCCAACAACGGAAACGCUUGUCAAACUAAUAGAGGAUGCUGUAACAGGGGAAGUCAAAGACUCUAGUUUCGUUAGUGCAAAAGUGAAUAAACUGAGAAAGGGAAGCGUCAUUGCAGACAUGGAGCUAACAUUUAAUCAGCAAGUGGGUUCAAGCGAGGUAAAAGCAUUGUUAUCAGAAGUAACUAAAGACGGAAAGCUAGGUGACCUUGAAGUCAGUCAAGUAGUAACUGAUGGAUUUAUUAAAGGUCAGUUGUUGUUCACGUCAAAUAUAUUUCAACCUCGAAUAAGAAAUAUUAUUAAAUUCUCAACCUCAGAUAAUGCAAUUCUAGCUUUCUGAUUGGUUCACCAGAUCUCGGUUACCAGCCAUUAUACCUGCGUUUGACCUUAUAUGGAAAUGAAUGCGGCAAAUGUCGAUCGACAGAGAAUUUUUCGCGGGAAGCCAAGUUUCGUGGACAAAAAAAAUUGAUGAAAAAAGCAGAUUCGGUGAGCUAUCCACAGAAGAAAUACAAAAACUUAUGGACAAGGCCGUCCACGAAACAACAAAAAAAGCCGCAAAGUUCGGGAUGAAAUUAUUUAACGGUACGUAUCCGUUAAGUUUCCCUUAAAAGUUGCAAUAUUUCAAAUAUGACCGUGAAGAUUUUACGCAUUCGAGAAGGUAACGUAACAACCACAAUAUUUAUUACCUUAAUGUUACAGAAUGGCUUGCUAGUCCUGGUGGCACCACAUUUUCGAAACCAAUAAAAGAAAUUUCAAAAGAAGAAUUGAAUGUUAGUGUAAAGUGUUUUUACACGUCUGCGAGGAAGAGCGAUGGCACGUUUUAGAAACGCUCAUCCACAAAAUCCUUAAGAGCCGCCAUUGAUCGUUUCCUUUGCUCGCCGCCACACAACAAACCGUUUACCAUUAUUUCUGACCCCGCUUUUACUGAGGCA